AUGGAUGCUGCAACCUGUCCUGGCAACAUACAAUACAAGCAACAUUUGCCACUAGGAAAUAAGGAUGAGGCGUCCGUCAACAUACUUUACGUAUGGAACGAAGCUCGACUCCGAGCGGUGGUCAAUAAGCUCUGUAUCCCGAAGCUUGUACGGGCACUUAAUCUCCACCAACACGUAACCGUCGUCACAGCAUACAAUGCCAUCUGGGCUGCAGGCCUAGGAAAACAGCCAUGGAUUCCGAGUGACAGGAGCAAAGUGUGCAGCCUUCAUUUCAAGUCGGGAGACUAUAGAGACGGCCUGCAAAGACGGAGGUUGAAAACAGAUGCUAUACCAUCGAUCCCUGACUACCCAGCUUAUUUGCAAGCAGCGCCUACAAAGGAGCGACAAACAUUAAAGCGUAGAGCCGUGGCACCAGUUUCUACUCUGACCCAUCAGGAAACCAAGAAAAGGUUGGAUUGCUCUAGAGCUGCUGGUUCUGGCGUUGAUACCACAGCUGCGAUGGUGUCUGUCACAACGGCUUUAGGGCAGCUUCCACCUACGCUGCUGAACCCGGGGACUGUGCCAAAGUCAUCUCCCGAGCCCACCACAGAGCCCGUGACCAAGUCCUCCCCGGAACCCACUGUGGAGCCCUUGGAGUCCCCCUGUUUGGAGCCUAUGCUGAACCCCGGGCCUGUGCCAAAGCCAUCUCCUGAGCCCAUCACAGAGCUUCUCACCAAGUCCUCGCCGGAGCUCACAGUGGAACCUUUGGAGUCCUCCUGUUUGGAACCUAUGCUGAACCUCGGGCCUGUGCCAAAGCCGCCCCUCGAGCCUUCCCCACAGCCCACCAUGAAGCCUGCUCCCGUGCGAGCUAGGGCAGUGAAAGCACAUGGGACUCAGACGAGGCUUUCAAAUCCACGCCUCACGAGGCUCCUGAAGCAAGUGAAAACCGUCACAAGAAAAUUCAAGAGGCUGCUGAAGAAAAGAGACGAGCUACAACAGAUGGUUUCCGUUUUGCGAAAGCAGGCAAUGAAGACGGAGGCUGUGAUGAAACAGGGAAACUUCUUGCUCUUGCUGGAAAAGAUCGACGCCAACGACCCAAAGGCCCUCUUCCUUCAAGAACAGCUGACCUUCUUGGGUGCCCCGAAAAGCCACUGGCGUGAGGAGACGCUCCGCAACUGCGUGCUGUGGCAUGCUAAGUCUCCGUGUGACUACCGCCUUCUCCGCGAGACUGGCGUCCUUUCGCUUCCCAGUCGUUUCACACUGAAACGCUACAUCGGUGCGUGUACUGGAGAGGUUGUAUCCUGCCUAAUCAAACAGCGACUACAUGCGGAGGCUAAACUGCAUUCCGGACAGGCACUCAAUGGGUCCCUGAUGAUGGAUGAGAUGUCGCUCAAGCAGGCGACAACCUACCAGAAACAGUCUGACACUGUCCAUGGUCUGGUCGAUCUGGGGGGUGCCGAGUCCGACUUCGGCCUCCAGGAUCACCCUGCAACCCACCUACUUUGCUUUGCUUUUGUUGGAUUGUCCACCCACUACAGGUGCUUACUACAAUUGCCAGUGGGCUACUACUUUACAAAGGCACUGACUGGAGAGCAGCUCCAACUGCUGGCAUUAAAGGUGAUGGCAUCCAUCAAAGAAGCUGGAUUUCGGGUUGUUCGACUGGUUGGCGACAACCACAGCUCGAAUUGCAAGGUUUUCUCUAACCUGUCAGGAGGCAGUAUAGUGCCUGUUGUGGCUCACCUUCUGGAUGAAGCCAGAGAGUUGUACCUCUCCUUCGACUACUGCCACGUCAUGAAAAAUGUGGGGUCUCAGUUUCUGGAGGCCAAAAGGAUCUUCCGUAAAAAUGAAACACUGAUCCUUCCUGACUACCUGAGGAGGCUGUACGACCUCCAGCAACGCCAAGGAGCCUUCAAGAUGAUAAGGUGCCUCACAAAGAAGCAUCUG